GCACAAUUGUCAAUCAAAUUAAAGGCCUCACAAUUUUCGCCGUUGCACCUGCUUUCAAGGUUACAGACUCCUCUUCGUCAGAGUUGACGAGUUAGGGUCAUACGCGUCGCAGGUAUCUAACCCAAAAUGUCGUCGUCGCAACGGGUGGCGAGAGUAGGGGAAGAGAUAUGGAAAACACGAAUAGACAAAGUCCACGCCGAGCUUGUCACUCUAACAUAUGGCACAAUGGUCGCACAACUCUGUAAGGACUUUGACUCGGACUAUCUUGAGGUAAACCGGCAGCUAGAAAAGAUGGGCUACAACAUUGGCAUGCGUCUCAUCGAGGAUUUUCUCGCCAAGUCGAACAUUCUCGAGUGCAAGAACUUCCGCGAAACUGCCGACGUAAUUGCAAAGAUUGGUUUCAAGAUCUUUCUGAACAUAACACCCACCAUUACGAACUGGACCAGUGAUAAUAAGCAGUUUUCACUGAUCUUCGACGAGAAUCCGUUGGCGGACUUUGUGGAACUGCCAGACGACGGGAGGGCACAGGAUGAGUUGUGGUAUUCUAAUAUUCUGUGCGGAGUGCUACGAGGGGCUUUGGAAAUGGUCGCGAUGCAGGUGGAGUGCCGGUUCAUCAGCGACGUCUUGCGAGGCAAUGACACGACGGAGAUGCGCGUGUCGCUUGUACGGUUCAUCGACGACGAAAUGCCGCCGGACGAUGAGUGAUGAGAAGCGGCGUGUGGGAUAUUCAACACGAUUGCCACGAACUUAGGGUGUAGGUACGACCUUUCGUCGCGUAUUACAAGUCCUGCAGGUCCUCGAUUUCACAGCGAGACCUUUCAUUCGGCAUGCAUUGCUCAUCCAAAGCAUAUGAACCGAGCAGGCAGGAGCUGUGGUAUGCAAUAGAUUGGCAAAGGUGUACGGGAGAUCAUCGAGGCUCACGGGAAGGCCCGUGGGGUCAUAUAGGCAGAGUGAGCCGCCAGACAUUGUCGCGGACAUGAGUACGCUUUGACUGGGCUCUACCAGCCAAAUCUACUGUGCGACUCGAGGUGUGGCAAGAUAGAGAUUUGCCCAUGUGUAACGUGAAACUCAUUGUACAAGAGUGAACCGGGUUUGGCCAAAGACAAUGCAGAUGUAUCGCGGCCG